CACCUUCCAUGAGCUGACCACCUCUCUCCUGGUUAGUCCUCUACAGCUCAGAUCCCAUUAAUAGAUAUAUGAACAUGGGUUUUUUUUGCCUCAAUAUGCAUCACUUUAGACAGUUACCCACUAUUUUCAAAGCGCCUGUUGGAAAUACUCCAUAUUCUGUGCCCCCCACCCAAUAGAUGAAGGGGCAGGGACUACUCAAUAUUUUGGGAGGUGGGUUCUGCACUGCAUCCUGACCCCUUCUUUCUCCCCCUUUCUCUAUAAUUCAAUGCACAAGUUCUCUUUGGCAUGGUGGCAUCCCAUUAUUUUUUGCAGUGCAACCCUAAACACACUUACUCUGAAGUAAGCCCUAUGGAUCUCAAUGGGGCUUCCUCGCUAGUAAGUGUGUUUAGGAUUUCAACCUUCUCCCCUUUAUACCCUCUUUCCUGAGAUCUUGAUUGUUGGUAGGGGGGGCAGAAAUGGCUUCCUUGCAAGGUUGCAACUGAGUUUGAAGAGUUGGUUCUCUUAUUCCAAAUUCUCCUUGGAGGGGCUUUCCAGGGUUCUUUUUUCCUGCCUUGCCUUCCUCCUCCCUCCCCCACGCAAUCAACGGCUCUUGGGAGAAAUCUAUGCUUUAAAAACAUUAGCUGGAUUUCAGGAUUUUACUUUCAAAGUAGAAGCACAUUUUUGGUGUGAGCCCAGCCGGCAGACCCAGCGCCACACCCCGCGCCGGCGCAGCAGCACACUCGGAAGUCGCGAGAUCACCGGGCGGCACGGCCGGCGGGCGCUUCGAUUGGCUGGCGAAGAGCGCCUCCAAGCUGAUUGGGUCGGCCGCCCAAUUAGCGCCCCCGAACUGAGAACAAUGCCAUUUCUCAACGCCUGCCUGAUGCUGUGCUGUAGUACACGUGGAGGUUGAACCUGGAAAGGAAACUAAGCAGCUGCUGUACGGGCAUCUGCGUUACUUCGUGCAUUGCUGCCUGCCUCUGCCUGCAUUCUUCUGCGGCAGUAACCGACGGACUCCAAACACCUCUAUUGACUGGAACUGCAGUUACACCACUAUUGUGCUCUGCAACAAGCCUUCCAGGGGAGGACUUUUAAUAUUAGAUCAUGAUGCCACAGAAGAAGAAGGAAAGUGGAGCUGAAGGACAGAAGAGACAGAAGUUGGAGGAGGAGGAAGCCAAGAAGUCAAGCAAGUUCUUCAUGCCCUUCUUUGCAAAGCCCGGACCAAGCAGUCAAACACCAUGUUCCGUGGAGUUGCCUGCACCUGCUACGAUGUUGCUAGAAUCCGAAGGUGGAUCAAGUACAAAUCCGCCACAACCAGAGGAGGAAGUCAAGUUAGAUGAAUCCGAGUAUGACGAGAUUAGGAGUGAGGCUGCCGCGGAGAGUGUGGACAUGACAGGAGGGGAAGGUGGUGGUGAUGUUGAGUUUAUUGAUGGGAUUGAACCAGACUACACUAAACCUAGUGAACUGGAUGGUGCCAAAGAGCCUCGAGCUGUUAUGCCAGAAGUGAUUGAACAGCGUGACAUUGGACUUCUGAAGUUCGAGAAUACUGGAAAAGCAAUUCUGCCUGAUGCGUUGAGAACAGAAAUAAUAAAGCUGGGUUCGAAGUAUUUCCAGAACAGUGAGGGGCCUUUCCUACCAACAAAUAACUGCUCGAUGAACAAAACUUGGUUCAGGAAGAAAUUGGGAGGUGGUUGUGGUGAGGAGGUGGGUCGCCCAUGGCUGGUCUAUUCCCCUUCUAAAAAGUCUGCCUUUUGUUUCUGUUGUCUUCUCUAUUCCCGGUCAGUCGAUCAAUCCUCAUUGGAGCAGGAAAGUGGAUUCAACCAUUGGGAAGCACCUGAAAGGAUUAGUGUUCAUGAAAAUGCCAAGAAUCAUCGGGAGUGCUUCCUGCAGUGGAAAGAAAUGGAAAGAAAUGUCGCUGGAAACCGAGGACUCAUUGAGGUGGAACUUCGGUCACAGAUUGAGAAGGAGAAGCAGAGGUGGCGGGAUAUCUUGACGAGAAUCCUUAGCUGCAUCAAAUACCUUGCGACUGAGAACCUGGCUUUGCAAGGAUAUGGGGAGUCACUUCAGCUAGACAAGGAUGACUCCAGUGUAGAAGAUUUCCUUGGCUUAGUAAAAGUAAUGGCUACUUAUGACCCAGUCCUGAAAGAACACCUGACCUAUGUGGAAAGUCAUCCUGGAUCCCCCUCUUAUCUCUCACUGGCAGUUCAGAAUGAAUUCAUCCACCUGAUGGCAUCCACUGUUCGCCAGAGUCUACUGAGAAGAAUUCGUAAAGCCAAAUACUAUGGUCUCAUGUUUGACUGGACUCCUGACCAGGCACACUGUGAGCAGGUGUCAGAAGUGGUGAGGUACGUGGAAGUUGAUUUUGAGAGGAAAACAGUGCAUGUUAGAGAGUCCUUCCUUGGUUUUAUCCAGGUAAGCCAGAAGGAUGCUGAGAGCUUGGUUGAAGAAAUCUUGAAACAGUUAGAGAAGGACAAAAUGGAGCUACAAGACUGUCGGUCACAGUGCUAUGACAACGCUGCUGUGAUGGCUAGACACAGAAGUGGUGUUUGUCAAAGAAUAAGUGAGAAAAACAACCUGGCAGUGUCUGUGAAUUGUGACAAUCACUCACUCAACUUGGUGGGUGUACAUACAGCCAAACAGGAUUUGACGAUGGCAAUGUUUUUUGGAACCAUUGAAGCUAUCUACAUGUUUUUCUCUCGUUCAACACAGUACUGGGAAAAACUCAAAAAUGCUGUGCCUGUGGUUGUUAAGUUGGAGUCUGAAACCAGGUGGAGUUCAAGGACAGAAGCAGUGAAGCCCGUCAACAAUCACCUGGAGGAGAUACUUCAAGUUCUUCAGGACAUGAUAGAUGAUGAAGACGAGUACGUUGAAACAAGAAGUGAUGCAAUGCAGCUGCACGACUGCAUGUUGACUUACGAUUUUCUGACUUUGUUAGGAUUUUGGAACAAAGUACUCAUUCAAAUUGACAGUGUUCAAAAGAGGCUGCGGAAUCCUAGCAUGAACUUCCACGAUGCUGCCCUGGAUCUGAAAGCCCUCCGAGAUCAUUUUGAUGAUGAAAGAGAAGUGUUGGUCAGUGAGUCACUCGAAGUAGGGCUUGGUCUCUGUCAAGAAUGGGAUGUUGACUUUGAAAGACGUCCGAGACUGAAAAAACGAAUGCCUGGUGAGAAAUCAAGAGACGCUGGGUUAACAGCUAGGGAGGAGAUGGAAAGUGUCAUGAAGGGAACACUCGGCCAUCUUCACCGAGAAAUGGACGAAAGGUUCACUCAUCUGCAUGACACUGAUGCCAGGUUUGGGUUCCUUCUCGAUAUCGAGGGACUGUGUUACAGUGCUGACAGAAACGACCUAAAGAAGAACUGUGAAAAUUUUUGCAAACUGUACAGCUCUGAUGUUGAUGAGGAACUAUAUGAAGAAAUUUUGGAUUGGAGAAUGUUGCUAUCAAGGCGGACCAACAUGAAAAUAUCAAAACCUGAAGAGCUUCUUGAAUUUAUUGUUCAGUAUGGAGAUGAGAGUGUCUUUCCCAAUCUUCGUAUUGCUAUUCAGAUAAUGCUAACCAUUGCAGUUUCCAUCCCCGGCUGUGAGAGAUCAUUCAGCAAGUUAGAACUAAUACUUUCAUAUUUGAGAGACUCCAUGGGUCAAGGCAGAGUCUGUGACCUUGCUCUGCUGAGUGUAGAAAGAGAAGAAAUGGAAAAAACUGACUUUGAUCCCAUCAUAGAUCAAUUUGCAUCAGUGAAAGCAAGGAUGAUGCAGUUAUAAUUAUCAUGUAAUGCCAUAAUUUGUAAAUUAAAGAUUUGUU